AUGAAUCCAUUUCCUGUGGAUGCUACACUGGAAGAAUAUCUUCAUGUUUACACUCCUAGUGACCACCGGAUCAGUUUAACUCGUUGUGUAAGAAUAUCAUUCAAUGGGUAUCUAUUCUUUACUAUAAAAGAAUAUAGGUAUCCAGAUAAUAAUGUAUUGGUCGAUAAAAAUUAUAUCGAUCAAGAACAGAAUCCAUUAUUCUAUAUAUUCUACAUAUAUCGAUUGAAAGUUGUAAGUAAUUUAAAAAUAUUAAUUUUUUAUUUCUUUUCUUAA